UUACGUGUAUUACGUGUAUUAUAUGUCUAAAUAUCUAAUGUCUAUGGUGUGAAUAAUAAUAAAAUACAAAUAAAUUAAUAAGUUUACUGACUUAUAUCACAGUGCUGUGUUUAAAAAUACACUUCAUUAAUUAUUAUUUUUAUUAUCCCGAAAAUCUAACCACAUCAAUAUUAUAAAUAAUACCAUAAUAGUAAAAUUCGAUUAAUUGUUAUUUGAUAAUACAAAAUCAUUUUAAUCCAUUAUUAUAUAGUUGAAGGAUUACUACAAUAGUACGGCUGUCAUAUAAUAAUAAAUAAUAUAAUCAUCAUAAACUGAAAUAUUGUACACAUAUUUUGAAUUUUGAUCAUGACUGAAAUGCACGACCCAGACUUACAAACGAAAUCAAGACGUGCCACUGGAAUUUUAUCAGAAAAUCUUCAUUUUGUUGCAAAUGAACCAUCCUUGGCGUUUUAUCGACUUCAAGAACAUGUACGGAAGUCUGUACCGCCUAUGAUAGAAAAAAGGGUACAAGUUCAAAAACUUCAUAAGGAUUUACAAGGGCACUAUUAUGAUGUAGAAUAUGCAUUAGGAGCUAUUAAUUCUAUUAAGAACUGUGAAGAACCAUUGAAUAAUAUUCAAGAACAACUUAAAAAUGCUUUAUUCCUUAGUCAACAGAUCAAGUAUGAGCAUACUAGGCGUGGAAAAUCUAAAAAAGAUUCUAUGUAUAAACGUCUAUCUGCACACUUGACUACUACUUUAGACCUGCCCGAAUUACCAGAAGCUAUCAGAGAUACAGCCAAUAAAGUGGAAUCUAUGGUGAACAGUGCACGACAUUCUAAUAUAUAUUAAUAUCAAUUAAGAAGAGUAUAAGACUGUUGUAUAAUAUUAUAUAUAUAAUGUAUAAUAUUUAAAGUGCAUUUGAAAUCUGAAACAACUGAAAACACUGUACAAGUGCUAAUUGUACAAUACCAAAAAAAAAUUUAGUGUUCCUUUUGGGGCACACGUAAACCCCUUAGUUUGGUUUUAUUAAAUCUUGGUACACACCUGUUUAUGUCUUAUUCAAAUAUAUAUAUUUUUUAUGUUUAUCAUUUAACAUAGAAUUUUAUUGAUUCUACUGAUUUUAGUAUCAUUAGUAAUAAUUAUUAAUUUAUCUUAUUUAUAUUAACCAUAUAAUAAAAAUUUUAUUUGUAUUUUUACUUCUUAGUUUUAAAUAGUCUUUAAACUAUAAAGAGAUAUUACUAUUACUGAAUAAACUUAAUAUAUAUUAUUUGGUUUAUAAACAUAUAAUUGAAACGUUGUUUAUUUAAAAAAUAAAAGGUUGAUAAACAAAUAAAAAAUAUUAAUUAAUAAGUAGUUUUCUUUAUUUCAAUUUGAUUUAUAAUUUUUAAUACUCAGAGACAGGCAAAAUGAGUACAUAUUAUUAAAAUCAAAGCCUUGUUUAAUGAUAUUAUCAUAAUCACAAUUAUCCAAAAAUAGUACAAAAAAAAAGUUUUAAUCAAUAUAAAUAAUACAUCAUAAACAAUUUUAAUUUCAGUAAAUGUAAUUGAUAUUCUAGUGAAUUUCAAUAAUUCAAUAAUUGAUUGUAUUAUGAGGUUAUAUAAAAUAAAUAUUAAAUUUUGUCAAAUAAAAAAA